CACAUUCAUCUCUACUCUUCAAUCUUAAUAACGAUGUCAUCGACUGGCGAUUGUUGUGGUUGUUGUUUUCUAUGUUGUUCAUGUUUCUCUAUCUGUGGGCACAGUAGUCUCCUAAGAUUGUGUUUUUUCAUUCCCUGCUGCCGCAGCAAGGAUGCGAGUGACGAGGAAGGGUCAGAGGGCGAUGCGUAUUCAGGGGACAGGCAGAUGUACGAGGACCGUCACCGAGAGGCGACUCUCUUCCAAAGCCAGCCAAUAGCGGCAAACGACAUGAAGACGAGCACGGACCUCAGUUCGAAUCCAAAUGCGAUUGGGAAUAUUCGGGAUAAAUCUUUAAUCAGAUUACAGAACUGAAUUUGAUUACGAUGGGCGGCCAGACCUUAAAAAUACCCUAAAACGACUUCGUGAAAUUCCAUACUCCUAAUGUAGAAAUCCUCCAUCGUGCAUACUGAGUUUUGGACGGAAAGGACGCGUACACCAGAAUCUAAUUGCACAAUGACGGUCAGAUGCUGACUCC